AAGCAUCAGUCUGCACCAGAAGGUGGAUUUUACGAGAUACAAACAUCCACACACAUGGUCUGAGAGCUGACAACAUGCACAAACACAAUGUCCUUCCGAUCUUCUUCUUUUUUGCGGUUUCAUCUCCAUCAGUCCAGGCAGGAAACCUGAAGGAAGCGAUUCGUUAUCGAGUUCGGAGUGGGUAUGAUGGGAAUAUGCUGACUUCUCAGUAUCCAACUUACGCAACGGAUCUGACUUUGAGCUUGGGAGAUGUAACGACCGAAGAAUGGCAGCAAGGACCGAAUCAGCUUUGGGUGUUGCAUAAUCGACCAAAUAAUGGCUCCGCUAUUAGUAACGGCACUGAGAAUGAAGAUCUGUACUGGAUGAAGCCCGUGAGAGGCGUGCUCAACUCGCUCACCGGUAUUCCUGGAGAGAAGGAAGUGAUCCUAGAAAUACGAGAAAUCACAGAAAACUCGGGGACUUUCACCAUUCGUAAUGCGGCGAAUAAGCUGUGCCUAGAGAAUCAGGGACUUGGGCUGGAAACGGUUUACCGAGAGUGCAAUGAGUUCAACACUGCGCAACAAUGGGACUUCGAAGACCCUCGAAACCUCAAGUUUCACAUUAGACUUUUGGACCAACUAUUCGGAAUUUUUCACUGAAAAGGUAUUACCCAGAAGUAUGCAGGUAGUUGGACAAAGAGGCUGCAAUUUCCACAAUUUUCAAUUAAGACGUUUGCUUUUGUAAACUUUUUUUGUAACUUUUUUGUGAGUAAUUUACUCAACUUUCCAGAAAUUGAACUUUGGCAGACCAAUUAAUACAAUAAAAGUCGAACAAUAGAUAUCAGCUAUUAUGCAAUAGUGGAAAACAUAGUGGUUGGAAGGCUCAACUCCAGCCAGUCUGUCGAUAUGAAUAUUAUGCACAAAGCACAUUCCCAUCUAAUUAUUUUUUAAUAAAGUAUUUUAUCAUUUCUUCCUUUGA